GCAUAAUUAAUGUUAAUGUGAUUCAUGCAAAUAUUUGACACAAGGAAACAUUGACCAAAAUUUUGAAAUCAUAAUCCAUUAUAAAAAUUUCAACCUUUUUUAUCAUCAGUUACUGAUUUUAAGUUUUCGAUCUAAAACCCCGAUUCUCCAUCAAAAACCAUGUCUUUAACUUCAAUCUUACUCCUUGGAAUCAUAUCACUAAUCAUUCUUUUUCUAAUCAGACUGAUAUUUUCCCAUAAAUCAGAAAACCCAACAAGAAAUGAAUCAAAACUUCCUCCAGGAAGAACAGGGUGGCCAAUAAUAGGAGAAACAUUAACUUUCAUAACAAACCCAGAAAAAUUUGUACAAGAAAGAAUGAAGAAAUACAGUCCAGAAAUAUUCAAAACUUCAGUUGCAGGAGGGAAAAUGGCAGUUUUAUGUGGGCCUGCAGGAAACAAAUUCUUGUUUUCAAAUGAAACAAAUAAGUCAGUUACUCCUUGGUGGCCUAAAUCAAUUUCACAACACUUGAUGUUUCCAAAUACAGAUCUUUGGAAAUCUUCAACACCUGAUGAUAAUUCAUUUCUUAAGGUUGAAUCAAUGCAAAAGUAUGUUUCUUUUAUGGAUUCCAUGGCUAAAGAUCAUGUUCAGACUAGGUGGGCUCCACAUAAGGAAGUUGAGGUACAUCCUCUUUCUAAAGAAUUCACAUUUGCAUUAGCAUGUCGGAUUUUUAUCAACUAUGAAAAUCCGGAGCAAGUGAAAGAACUUGCUCAACCCUUCUUUGACGUCGCAAAAGGGAUAAUGUCAGCUCCAUUGAAUAUUCCGGGAACAUCUUUCAAUGGUGCAGUUAAGGGAGGUGCACUUAUCAAAGAGAAGCUUCUUCAAAUCAUUAAGCAAAGGAAGGAAGAAUUACAUACUAAAAAAGAGGACGAUGAUCAUAAACAAAUUACGGAUUUAUUAAGUAGAUUGCUUGUUUGUUGUGAUGACAAUGGUAUGUUUUUGACUGAAGAAAGGAUUGCAAACAAAAUAAUUGGUUACUUGCUUGCUAGCUUUUUUACUACAAGUAUAACUAUCACUUUCGUCUUGAGUCACCUUUCUAAGCACCCCCAUGUUUAUGACAAGGUUUUGGAAGAGCAAUUGGAAAUAAAAAAGUCAAAAGGAGUAAGGGAGCUUCUUAGUUGGGCAGACAUUCAAAAGAUGAAAUAUACAUGGAAUGUGGUAUGUGAAUCAAUGAGAUUGGCACCACCAUCAUUUGGAGCUUUCAAAGAGACCCGUACUGACCUUACCUACGCAGGUUUCACUAUCCCAAAAGGCUGGAAGGUUUCUUGGUCAGUGCAUUCAACAUAUAAGGAUCCAAAAUACUUUAAAAAUCCAGAGAAAUUCGACCCAUCGAGAUUCGAAGGAAAUGGAGCAGCACCCUUUACAUUCGUGCCAUUCGGGGGAGGUCCCAGGAUGUGUGCCGGGAAAGAGUAUGCUCGCAUUCAAAUUUUAGCAUUUGUUCACAAUGUGGUCACUAACUUCAGAUUGAAGAUGGCAAAUUUGAACGAAAAGAUUUAUUAUAAUCCAGAACCAAUUCCUGCCAACGGCAUGAGGAUUUGUCUCCAACCUCAUCAUUCGUGAGCAUUACAAGUACAAUCAACAACAAACAUUACAUAUAUAUCUAAAUCUAAUCAACAACAAACUUUUUUUUUUUUUACAUAAUGUAGUAAAAUAAAUAAGAAUGAUAAUGGAUCAGUUCCGAUGAUACCCA